UCCAUACUUGCCCCUAACUUAUAUUCCUUCCACGGUUCCACCCCCUGUUGCGUUAUUUGCCCCCAUCUCCGAACAAAAGCCGUCACUAAGAAAAGAGAAGGGUUUCCUCUCUCGUCUCUCAGCUCUUUUUUAACUCUCGUUGAUCAAUCAUGGCUGCCAGGAGCAAUGCUGAUGUUCGUCCUCACGUCUCUGCUAACACAACUCCCCUGCAGAUCAACAAAGAGGUUAGGACCGACUCCAAACUCACCCCUUGCAGGAGCCACAUAGGCAGGACCGGUACUGGGUCUAUAUCGUGGUUUAAGUAUGGGCACUAGGUCGGCCGAUCUGGAUAUGGAGAAGGAGCAUUUUAAUGAAAUUCAAGGAUCGGAUAAUCUUAUCCCCCUUUCACCACAGUGGCUUUUUCCAAAGCCUGGGGAGAGUAAGCCUGGAAUAGUGACUGGGGAAUCCAAUUUCAGCCCAUGUCUGGGUCAUGCCACUCGUGCAUUUUCGUCAAAAUCAUCAGGAUAUGGUGAGGAAAUUCAAGGCAAUGAGAAGAAAAUGGGCUUUUUUCAACCAAGUUUACUUGAUACAGAAUCUGGUCGCCGGGACAGUUGGCGUGAUGAAGAACGAGACACCAAUUUCUCUAUCCGCAGAGAUUGUUGGAGGGAGGGAGAUAAAGAGCUUGGUGAUGCACGCAAGAUGGACCGGUGGAUGGAAAACCCCUCUAAUAGACACACUGGGGAAGCACGUCGUGUCCCAUCUGAGAGGUGGACUGAUUCUAAGGAAAGCAGUUAUGAGCAACGCCGUGACAGCAAAUGGAACACACGUUGGGGGCCAGAAGAUAAGGAGUCAGAAAGUAGGCGAGAGAAGUGGCUAGAUUCUAGCAGAGAUGGUGAAGUGCCUCGCGAUAAAGGAUUAUCUCAUCUGAACAAUCAUGGAAAAGAGGAUAAGGAGGGAGACUAUUAUCGACCAUGGCGAUCUAACUCCUCCCAAUACCGAGGAAGGGGAGAGCCUCAUCACCAAAAUGUCGCACCUAACAAGCAAACUUUUACAUCUGGUCACAGUAGGGGACGAGGAGAAAAUGCACCUCCAACAUUCUCUGUUGGUUGUGGUAGGGUCAGUUAUGGUGGAAGUGCUGUGAAUAGAACUUCUUCUCAUUCUGUAGGUACUGUUUCAGACAAGGGUGAAAGUGAUCAUGGGGAGCCUUCCCCUCUAAGUUAUAGUCGGACGGAAUUGCUUGAUAUAUACAGGACAACUGAUUUGAGUUUCUAUGGAAAGCCAUUAGAUGUAGAAGGAUCUUCUCUUAUGAAGGAAGAACCAUUAGAACCCCUGGCACUUUCUGUGCCUACCCUGGAGGAAUUGGUCAUCCUAAAGGGAAUCGACAAGGGCGAUAUAGUGAGUAGUGGUAGUCCUCAGGUUUCUCAAGAAGGUUCUGUAGGACGGAAUUCAACUGAUUUGGUGCAAACAAGACGAACAAAACUCGGUAGUCGAGAAGAUUUACCGUCUUCCAUUGAUGACUUUAAGUACGAAAGCUCUGAAAAUUUAAAAGCUUUUAGAGAAGAUGUUGCUGCCAAUAAAAAAAUUGAUGAGGUGGCAGUUGACAGGGAAAUGAAUGUACGUGGAAAUCCAUCUGCCCAUUUAGGCACCCCAGGGAGAUCUCAUUCACUUGGAGAGCGCUCACAUUUACCAUUGCAUGAUUGGAGAGAUUUUCCAACUGAAGUGAGGCCGGUAACUUCUAGAAUGGGAUGGUCAUAUUCACUGAAGGAGCGGGAUGCAGAACUGGAUAAUAAUAAAGCAAUUCCACCUUCUUACUACAAGGAUGAGACUCAUUGGCAAGUUGGUGAAGUUGUCCACUCACAUAUUGGCCGCGACUCCGUUAUUAAAAGGCAAUCAUCUGAAGUUCUUGUCAGGGAACUUGAAACUCGAAAGUUUCUGAUGCAGCCUGCUCCUGAGGAGUUAUCCCUGUAUUAUAAAGAUCCACAAGGUGAAAUUCAAGGCCCUUUUUCUGGAAGUGACCUCAUUGGGUGGCUUGAAGCUGGAUAUUUUAGUACAGACUUGCAAGUCCGCCUUGCAAGUGCUUCACCUGAGACACCUUUCUCAUUGCUUGAGGAUGUUAUGCCACACUUACGAGCAAAAGCAAGGCCUCCACCAGGAUUCGGUGCAUCGAAACAGAAUGAAACUGCAGAUACAUUAAGUAGGCCGAAGUUCAGCAACAUUGGAAAGGUUCCUGCUGCCUCCAGCGAGAUUGAUAUCGUAAAAAAUGAACUACGGAGUGGACAUGAGUCUGUGAAGACUGAAUCUGAGAACAGGUUUUUGGAGUCACUAAUGUCCAGUAGUAUGAGCAGUCCCCCACUGGAGAAGUUUUCUUUCCCAGAAGGUCUGCAAGGUUAUACUGGAAAUAACUCUGGUGGAAUACCCCCAGUGGGAUUAGAUAGUGGCGGUGACUUAAAUUACCUCCUGGCACAAAGAAUAUCACUGGAGGGCCAGAGAUCUCUUUCCAAACCUCAUCCAUAUUGGCCUGGGCAGGAUACGGCAUCCAUGGUUCCUAAGGCAGAGCUUGUACCCGACUCUUCUAGUCACUCAAAACUCCUACCUUCAAUGGUAGAUGGUCAUCCUCAGAUUCCUCAUCGUCAGAAUGUGGACUUGAUGUCUAUCCUGCAAGGUGGUGCAUCUGACAAGUCUUCUUCUGUUAAUGGAGUUACCAGUUGGUCAAAUUUUCCCGUCCAGAGCGGGUUGGAUAACCGGCAAGAUAAGAUUGAUAAGCAUCAUAAUCAACCUUACCCUGUCCAAGCUGCAUAUGGGAUGCAACAACAGAGGAUACAACAACAGAAUCUGCCAUCUUUAUCAAAUAUAAUCGCUCAAAACAUAGAUCAUCCUAAUGGCAUCAUAACCCCAGAAAAGCUACUCUCGUCUGGUCUCUCUCAAGAUCCACAGAUGCUAAGUAUAUUGCAACAGCAGUACCUAUUGACCCAACUUCAAUUGCAUCCACAGGCACCUGUUCCCACACAACUAUCACUGCUAGAUAAACUCUUAUUGCUUAAGCAGCAACAAAAACAGGAGCAGCAGCAACAGCUAUUGCGACAACAACACUUGCUUUCACAGGUUCUGUCCGAGCAUCAGUCUCAUCAGCCAUCUUAUGGACAUCUACCGGCUGCUGCUGCUGCUGCUGCUGUGGACCAUCAUGGGCUUCAUCCUCAUGAUGUGUUUCAGAAUAAGUCAUGGAUGCCAGUUUCUAAUCUGCAAGAUGGUCAUGCAGCUAACUUUUCUACUUUGUCCUCGCAACUUUCACAGGAUAGUGCUCACGGUGUCAGUACUGAAUCCUCUCUACAUUUACCACAUCAAUUUUUAGAGAAUCCCACCAACCCAAAGGGUUGGGGUGUUACUAUUUCGGAACAGAUUGAUCACACUAAGCAGAAAGAUUCACUAUUGGUGCCAACUGUGGUAGAUAGCUUGCCCUCAGCAGAAGUAGUGGAAAAUUCUUCACUUCAGCCUCCUACAUUAGAAGAACAUUUGCUUAUUUCUGAUAGUUGUGCUGCUGUAGUUCAAGCUCAGACAUCAGACAGUAUUCUCAGAAAUGGUAAAGCUGUUGUAGAUCUUACCCUGGAAGCUAUUUUGACCUCUAUACCUGUAGCAUCUCCAGAAGUCCUUUCUACUGCUCCAUCUUCAGGGACCGACAAGGAUGAAAUAUCCAUUUCUGAACAAGUCAAUCUUGAGGAGCCUCAAGUUCAAAAUGAGCAAUGUAAAAUUGAGUGCCCCAUGGUAAAAGAAGGUAAAAAUGCUGAAGCACGUGAGCUAAAGAAGGCGUCAGAGAAGAAGUCCAGAAAGCAAAAAUCUUUGAAGGCGCAAUCCUCUUUGGACCAGUCAAAGGGAAUAUCUAAAGCAUCUCCUCCACAUAUGUUGAAGCAAUCUGAAACUCUGGGGGUAGAGACAAAAUCUGAGACACGCAUGGAUGUGGGAGAAACAAUUCAUGGCACAUCACAGGUGACAACAGUAGAUGGAGGAUCUGGGGUAUCUACUGUGGAAACACUGGCUUCUCAACUUGCUAAAAAUGCCUCGUCUAGUAGAAUCUCUAAUACUGAAGUCUCAACUGUAGAAGGCAAGGCUGAACCAAGAGAGGUCGAAUCUGUUCCACUGCAUAACACACAGGCACAUUCAGGACUGAGAGCUUGGAAACCUGCUCCUGGUCUCAAAACCAAGUCCCUUCUGGAAAUUCAACAGGAAGAACAGUGGAAGGCGCAAAUGAAGAUGACUAUUUCUCAGAAUGCCAUAUCCGUUAACUCCAUGAGCUCCUCAACCCCUUGGGCUGGGGUUGUUGUGAAUGCAGACCCUAAGACUGUUAGAGAUAAUCACAAAGAUUCAGUUAGUGCACAAAUUAUCACGGGAAAAGAUGAAAGUUCUGUCAAGCCAAUGAGCAAAAUAAGCCAGUUACAUGAUCUAUUGGCAGAAGAAGUUUUGGCAAAGUCUGGUGAAAAAACUAUAAAGGUUACUGACAAUAGCUCUAAUCUGUUGCCACUACCAGUCAGUUCCCAAGCAGAUCUGAUUGUUGAAGUAGAUGAUUUUAUUGAAGGUAAAGACACUAAAAAGAGCCGCAAAAAGUCUGCAAAGAGUAAGGGUAUGGCUGCAAAGGCUUCAACACCCGUUGCUUCUGCUGAUGUGCCGAUUGCAUCAAGUCCUAUUGAUAAAGCAAAAAGUUCUCACCAGCUACAGAAAAAGGAUGUGUUACUUGCACCACCAUCGGGCCCUUCCUUUGGAGAUUUUGUGAUCUGGAAGGGGGAGGAUGCAAAUCCUUUACCUGCUCUGGCAUGGUCUGCUGACUCGAGUAAGUUAACUAAGCCAACAUCACUAAGGGACAUCCAAAAGGAACAGGAGAAAAAGGUUUCUUCAGUACAGAACCAAACUCAAAUACCAACUCCCCUGAAAGCGCAGUCGAACCGCAACACUCGUGGAAGUGGUUCUACACGGGCAGUUUCUGGGUCAUCUCCUUCUAAGGCUGCAUCUCCAAUUCAAGUCAAUUCCUUUGCUCAGGUUCAUUCGAAAUCUAAGGUAGAGGAUGAUUUGUUCUGGGGCCCUCUGGAUCAAUCAAAGCAAGAAGCCAAACAGUCAGAUUUUCCAUCUCUUGCAAAGCAGAGCAGUUGGGGAUCCAAAGCCACAGCUGUAAAAGGAACUGUAGCAGGAUCCACAAGUCGGCAGAAGUCCACGGGAAGCAGAUCAGAUGAUUAUUAUGUCUCUUCUGCUGGUUCUCAGUCCUCCCUGAGAGGAAAGCAAGACACCAUAAUCAAGCAGUCAGAGGCCAUGGACUUCAGAGAUUGGUGUGAAAGUGAAUCAGUGAGGCUUACUGGGACAAAGGAUACAAGUUUCCUCGAAUUUUGUCUUAAGCAAUCAACAUCAGAGGCUGAGACGCUUCUGGUAGAGAAUCUUGGUUCAUUUGAUCCUGAUCAUGAGUUCAUUGACAAGUUUCUCAACUACAAGGAGCUGUUGUCAGCUGAUGUUAUUGAUAUUGCCUUCCAAUCUCGGAACCACCGAAGGGUGGAUGGGUUUGGUGCUGGAGAUCUAAAUACGAAGAGUGUAGGUGAUGGAGAAUUUGACUCAGACAUGGCAGCGGGUCCUGAUGGGUCCUCCACUAGGACAGGAGGCAAGAAGAAAGGGAAGAAAGGGAAGAGGGUGAGUCCAUCAGUUCUGGGGUUCAACAUUGUUAGCAACCGCAUCAUGAUGGGUGAGAUUCAAACAGCGGAGGAUUAGGAUGGUUUGGUAAAGUUGUAAAUACAUUUGUCUCAAGGACCCUUUGUAAAUGUUGUUUUAGGAUUUUCUUAACCCAACCCAACCCACCCAACCCCUCCUUCCUUUCUUUUUAUUUAUAGAGCAACACGAGUGUAGCUCAAGCGAUUUUGUGGAACAAUAUUUAAACGGUAAAGAGCCUUUCUGAUUUGUUUA